CGCCAGUUGAUUACCACGGACAUCAGGGAGCUCGGUCACAGCAGAACACCAGUAUCGGUACUCGUCUGUGACAGGACGAGAUCGGGAACCUCGCGGACGUUUCUCGUCACCCGGGCCUCUGAUCCCAUGACGAUCUCUGCCCUCAAACCUCCCCCGAGAGGAUCCACCACCAGCAACGCCGCGGCCCUCCAAUCGAGGAUUCCGAAACGAAUUAGCGCCAUUAGCAACGUACUCAUCUCUGGACCUGCGCCUAUCUCUCCACCCUCCCACCCUCUCAUCUGCUGCUGCUGCUGCUGCUCCUCCUCCUCCUCCUCUUGGCUGCUGGUGUUGCUCUGGCGCAAUAAGUCCUCCACCUCGGCCCGCUCCUCCUGCACCAGCACUGUAAGGUUUCCAAUUGUGCCCAGGCUCGGGGAAAUCCGCAGCAUUUCGAAGUCCCCUCAUAAUGGGGGGCACGGACAGAAGCAAUGCGGAGGGAACAAUGCGCGACAGGUUUCGCUUCCUGAGCUGCUUCCCGAGACCCAGCGGCAGGGCACAACAUGUGGGGCUGCCCACGGACGGCUCCCCCCAGACUGCAGCAGCUGCGAGCGUAGAACAGAAUCCGAAAUGGGGCAUUUGCCGCAAUGCACCCGAUCCGCCAAUCGACGGGCUCCUCCUCUUGCUGCUGCUGCUCUCGACGAGCUCCUUCACUUCACCAAUUCGCCCCGUGGCGCCCCAUGGCCGUUGGCACCACGCUCCUGCUGCUCCGGCUCGCCGGCGUCAAGAGUAACGGGCCGCUCGUCGAUUCUCGACGCCUGAAGCACAUUCCGGCCUGGCCUUUCGUCCGGACCCGGUUUCGCACUUGGGCAGCCUCUGGGACAAUCCUGCGGAGGGCCCUGCGGAGGCGAGGGAGGCCUUUGUUUUCGUGCCCAGGGGAGAGCCGAGUUAGGGAACGGCUCGACAAUAUAGAUAGCGCUGAGCUUGCGCCCGAAACCUUCGGGGCCAGACGUUGACUGUCCUGUCGUGUCCAGAAUAGUGCCCUGAGUACCUUCCUUGUCCGAGCGGUGGCAUGCCGACAGUGAUGGUGGUCUCGUGAGCCACUGCGCAGCAGGAGUCGGAAGCAAAAUUUGUGCCCUCGUGAUGACAUUUUGAAAGAGAGUGAGAGAGAGAGAGAGUCGUUAGUUGGACAGCUCGGAUGUGUUUGAUUUCUUCACGGUGUAAGUUCGAAACAUGUGUUAUUGGAGGAACGAUCUGGCUGACCUCGGGUGCCGCUGAGUCAAUGAAUGGUACGUGUGGGAUGUUCAUGUACAGGCCGAAAUUGAUUUUGUUUGGUGAGUCGCUGUAGUGAUCGGUGAUCGGGUGUUUUUUUGCUGCUGGCGUCGGCUUCACGUGGCAUUUGCGUUUUGCGCAUUGCUGCUUCUGUCGGAGAUGUGGGAAUAGUGGACCGGGUGCGAGAGGAUGAGUUGCGCUGGGCUUUUGGAAUUUGGAGUUGAAUUUGAUGGCGUUUCGAAGGGCAGUUCAGCGCCUCCGCCCAACUUUCUGCAGACAAAUCAGAGGUUUGCCGAAAGCACGUGAACAAACGAGAUCUUCAACUCUGAGUCCCGAGAAGCUUUCAACUAUAUCAAGCACAUGGCCUUAUCGAAUCAUACCUGCUCCUUCCCACAUCGUUUUACAAAAUCAUAUUUUCUGUGAGCCGUCCAGAACGUUUAGUACCGGGUGUCGAUCAGAUAUUGAAGACAGGAAAAAGUCAUCAGACUUUGCCUCCAACGGUCCGUUGGAUGCAAGUUCAAGCUCUCCAGUUGAAAUACUUCCAUCUGAGGGUAGUGAUAUCAGUGCCCCUUUGUUGAAAGUCCCUGCCUCAAUCGAUGUAGCGGUAGAAUCAGCGUACAAGUCUUCCCCUCGUCAUGAUUUGGCUAUGCUUUUCACGUGUACUGUUUGCGAAACGCGCUCAGCGAAGACCAUGAGCAGGGCAACCUAUGAAACCGGAGUCGUCAUAGUACGCUGUCCUGGUUGUAACAACCUUCAUUUGAUUGCUGAUCGGUAUGGCUGGUUCGGCGAAAAAGGAGGUGUGGAGGACUUUUUAGCUGAGAAGGGAAUAGAUGUGAGAACAGGAUCAGAUAGUAGCUACGAGUUCACCGUGGAAGAUUUGGCGGGCUGGACAUCUCAAGAAAAACCAGGGAAGGUUUGAUAGAUCUGGAGAAGCCAAGGUUCAAUAACCUGGUGGGAAAGGUCAGGAGGUUUUGAUUUUAUUUGCAGUGAAAGACGACGACAUCUGGGACUUUAACUAUGGAGUGACCACCAUCAACCGGCCAGAUAGCUCCCGUUGCUUACUGAAGAGCAUUCGCAGAGUGUAUGAAUAAUCAGUUUAGAUUCCAAGCAGUUUGUACGCAAAUUAAUUUCUGGGCAAAACAAUCAUUUGUCUCAAACGAGAUUCGAGAGAACGUGGAGACGAAGUCGAGAUAUCAUCCCUUCACCCAUCUCCUCGCUUGUUCGGAGUUGGUGAUAUGUAUAAAGACAGUCCAACCAUGAUCUACAUGAAUUGAAAAGUUUGCACGAAGAAAUAAAUUUGUCAGUU